AUGGUGCCCACCAUCACCCGCCUCGCCGGCUUCCUGGCUCUCUUUGGCGCUGUUCACAGCGCCCCCGCUUCCCUUGACCAGGCCACUGUCUCCAUUGGCUUGGAGGGCCGCGAGAUUGUUCCGGUCCAGUGGAACCUCCCCAUCAACAUCAACGACCCCAAUGGCAAGAAGGUCGCUGUCACCGGUACCAUCGAAGAGGCAGUCGCCAGGAUGGAAGCCCACUUCCCUGGUUGGAACGAAUCUUUUGUGGCUCAGCUGCCCGCCGUCCAGCUGCCCUCGCGCUUCGGCCUUAGGGCGGACAACGACCCGGAGUUGGGCAACGUGGUGUCUACUGACUGCAAUAUUCCCGGGGAGCCGCAGAGCGAGUAUCGUAUUGGCCAGGGGGUCUCGUACUUGCGUGGCUUGUCGGGCAAAGCGAGCAACAAUCCGGGCAAGUGUGGACGUGUCAGCUGCUCCUAUCACACUGCCAUCUACUGGUGCAAUGAGGAUACGGUCGACAAGGAGGUCGAGUGGAACGCCAUUGCUGAUGGAGCAUAUGACGUUUGUAGGAACUGCGAGAAGCAAGAUGACAAGGGAGUUUACCAUGCCAAGGGCACGGUGACAUUCAAGGAGAAGUUCAGUGUCACUGUCAGGGAGGACUGGGAAAACUGCUAA